UUUUUCCUGCAGACCUGGGGAGCUGGGAUCAGUGUGUUUAGGAAGAGAAAAAACUGAAACUGUCCUGAGAGCCAGUGCUCUAAGAAAAUGGCCCAGCGUAGAUCUUCCGAAGGUGAAGCCUGGUAAAGAAACUGAAAUCCAAUAUGGAAGACAGUGACCAGUUCCUGAAGAACACGUGCAGAGAGGCUUCGGACUUGAACAGCUUCGGAUUAACAGCAGCAGAUGCGCAGGAAACAGACUUGGAAGAACUGGACGUUUCCUGGAAUGAUUUUGUCAGCGGAACCCUCCAUUCGCUCACUCAGCAAAUGCAUCUUGUCAGCAACUUAAAAGUUCUGCGGCUGAGUAGCUGCAGACUCACCACUGAGGACCUUCAAACACUGGGAGAUGCUCUUGAAAUGAUACCUGAACUUGAAGAACUGAGUUUAUCCUGGAACAGCAAAGUGGGAGGGAAGCUGCCUCAGGUUCUCCAUACGUUCCAAAAGGGGAGCAAGAUUCGAACCCUUGAACUUAUGGACUGUGCCCUCACAUCACAGGAUGGAGUGUUUGUGGGUCGCCUGCUGCCAAAGCUGCAGAGCCUUGAAGUGUUUGACCUUUCCAUUAACAGAAACAUUGGCAGCAGUCUAGACAUCAUAGUGCAAGGGCUAAAAAGUACUUCAGGCCUGAAGGUAUUGAGGUUGCAUUCCUGUGGAUUAUCCAAAAAGAGCGUCAGAAUAUUGGAUGAUGCUUUUGCAUCGUUGGAUGUGCUGGAGACACUGGAUCUCUCCUGCAACAAGGACCUGGGUGGAGGCUUUGAGGACGUGCCUGCUCGGCUGGCCUUACUGAAGCAGCUAGAAGUCCUAGACCUUCACCAGUGUUCGCUCACAGAAGAAGAUGUGUCGUCACUGACUCGGAUUAUUCCUUUACUCUCAAACCUUCAAGAACUGGAUUUGUCAUCCAACAGAAAGGUAGGCGGCUCCUCUGCAAAUCUCCUCAGCAGGCUCCUCAUACCAGCCCUGAAGUCCCUGCUUAUCAACAGCUGUUCUUUGGAAACUGAGACUUUCACAGCCCUUGCAGAAGCGUCUGUUUACCUUCCUGCCCUGGAGAUGCUCAACCUUUCCUGGAAUAAGUGUGUUGGUGGUAGGCUGGAGCUGCUUCUACCAACAUUAGAGCUGUCACGGUCACUCCGGGUGCUGAGGCUGAGCAGCUGCUCCCUAAUGACAGAGGACUUGGUUCUUCUGGCCUCAGUCAUACAGACAGGCCAUUUAGCCAAGCUGCAGAUGCUUGAUCUGAGCUACAAUGACAGCAUCUGUGACACAGGAUGGGACGUCUUCUGCCAAAGUCUCUGCUUCCUUAAAAACUUAACUGAACUAGACAUCAGCCUUCGGCCAUCAAGUUCCUGGGACUGUGGGCGAUGGUUUAGGUGCUUACUGUGUGCUGUGACCCUACUUCCUUUGAUCACUGAGAUAGAGAUGAGAAGAUGGGUCAUCCCAGCCUCACAGGAGGAAGAACUAGAAUGCUACAUUCAGGACCACAGAAGGGACCUUCACUGUGAGCAUGGUGGGCUUCAGUGGGCUGCUCCCUAAGCAGUGACCAAUUCUCCAAAGAAGGAAAAGAAUGUGAACGAAUGUUGCCAUCAGCUGAGCUCAGCCUGUGGUUGUUUAGUAGCAUUUUAAAAAUUUGUUUGGUAGCAUUUAUGUUGUAAGAUAUUUGUAAUUAUAUGUAUAUAAUAGUGAUUCUCAACUUGUGGGUUAUGACCCCUUGGGGGUCAAAUGACCCCUUCACAGGGAUUGCAUAUCAGAUAUUGUGCAUAUGAGAUAUUCCCAUUUUGAUGCAUAACAGUAGCAGAAUUACAGUCGUAAAGUAACAACAAAAUAAUUUUGUGGUUGGGCACCACCACAACAUGAGGAACCUGUACUAGAGAGUUGCAGCAUUAGGAAGGUUGAAAACUGCCGCAGGAUAUUUGAUCCCAUUGUGAACCCUGAGACUAUGAACUGUAAAAACCUGUUUCUUAUUUGGUGUGGCUCAGCCCUAACACACACUUUUAACCCAAGAGCUUUCUGUUUACUGUAAGCAAGUAUUUGUGGUUUUGGCUCAGUCCUGGCACACACCUUUAAUCCAAGAGCUAAAUAAAGUCAACCUUAGGUCAAGAGGCAGAGCAAGAAACCAGCUGACAGGGAGUAAACAGAAAGAAGAGACAUUGAGAGAAGGGUAUUUAAGACAUCAUGGGGGAGGAGGAGGAGGAAAAGGAGGAGGAACAACUUUUAGCUUUUGGCUUUUGCCUUUUUCCAUGUGGGACAUGAGCUGAGUAGGAAAGGCUUUUUCUAUCUGGGAUGUGAGCUGAGCAGGAAGG